ACGCCGCCAGCCACGUACGUCUGAAUCAUCUCAUCCUCUAAAACAUGCUGAUUCUUGCGGAGUCCUAGACCCAACGUCUCAUCUAGAAGGAACGGCAAGAACAGAACACCGAAAGAACAAUUCCGGCAAUGGCAGCAAGGUGCGCUCUUUCUUCCCCAUCCUGCUUGGUUCGUCAACCCCUCUGCGGCAACAAACUCGGCAAGAAGCUCACUCCAUGCCUGCCAUCGCCAAGAGCCGUAAGGGUGAGAGUGAGCGCUGCAAAGCUUCCUCCGGGGGUUGAGGUGCCCAGGGUGCAGCCAAAGCUGAGCGAGCCCUUCUUGGGAUUCACCCAGACCGCCGAGAUCUGGAACUCCAGGGCCUGCAUGAUUGGCCUCAUCGGCACCUUCAUCGUGGAGCUGGUGCUAAACAAGGGGAUUCUUCAGAUAAUCGGGGUGGAGGUGGGCAAGGGCCUCGACCUUCCUCUUUAAUUGCCAUUGCCAAGCUGAUAGCAAGUUUUACUCCCUCUUUUUUGUCUUUCUGAAACCUAGCUAUUAUUGCUCUAAAAAUAUUCUGUCGAAUGAAGAUGCUCAUGUAACUCGGUUAUUGCGUAAUCAUAUGGCGGAGUUCUUUUAAGUUCUUGAA